UCUUUCGAAAGCUACACAGAAGCGAGUCUGUUUUCCAAAACAAGAAGAGGCAUCAUAUGCUGUCUUUUUUAUUGGGAUAGUGUAAUCUAAACAUGCAAUGGAAGGUCGACUGGCGGAGCGUUGCGCUGUCAUUGAUGUUGCAAGCUGUCAGAAAUCGUAUCUGGCGCCUUCGACUUGAUCACACGGAAGCUGGGUCAUUUGUUGUUGUUGACAACAAGGUCACAUGUCACUGUUCUGCUGGUCACUUUCAUGGCUGAGGGUACAGAAACUGAACUACUGUUUUAGCCACCGAAUUUGAAUUGUUGUAGCAAUUAACGGACUUUUCACCUGGGUCAUCGCGAGGAGUGCGUAGACAGGCUUGUGUGUGAUGUGAGCGAUGUUGUCCUGCCCGACUUCCCCUGUUUGAGCAGCAGCGCCUGUGACAGACUGCCAGCUUCAUCAUGACGACCCGGUGCUUGAUGGCGUUUGAUUAUGCUGACUGGCAUGCACGCAAUGUGCUGCAGAAGCAGUCCCAGAAGCGCCCCCUAGGGGACAUUGAGAGUAAGCACCGAUACCGACCUGCACAGCCUGUGUUAUCAUGUCGUACCGUGGACGUUGACCUGACUGGCACUCGCACCUACCGUGCCAGGUCCACUACAGACAUCAUCAGUGAGCAGCAUCGCUACAUACACAACCUCUACAACAAAGCUCGCAACAUUGUGUCAGCACCACCAAGGAGGGCUAAGUCAUCAUCUCGGUACUCAACAGAUGAAAACUAUCACAAACUUCAGAAGAUUAAUAUUGAGGUCAGUGGGAGGCCGGUCAGCUCACUGUCCCAGUCAGCCAAAACACAGUCAAAGAGGAAAACUGUCAAGUCAGCAAAACGUCCAAAGACAACAGGUCAAUUCAAAAGUGCAAAACCUGCAACUGACUGUUACAUGGUAGUGAAAGUAGACCCGGACCUUUUGGAGACAAGCCGCUCACAGCGCGAGAUUACGGAGCAGAUUCACCAACACUGGCUGCCCGAAAACAACAACCUGAACCAGGGUCGGUUCAUCCGCGGACAGAAGAGGGCGGAGUCUGUACCCACCUCUCUGGAUGCCUGGCUCACGUUCGGGGGAGCCCCAGGAGAUGCUGACAAUGGAGUAGUGGACGCCUUUGCUAGCUACCGUGGCGAGGAUGAAUACUACAACAUCGAUGGCAACAUCGGCAGUCGUGUAGCCCAACAACUGCACCGAGGAGACAAAAUCCGCAUCGGAAUCAAUGGUGUGGUUCAGUCAAAUGACCUGAAGGUUCGGAAGAAGUCGGCAUUGGCCAGGGAAGAAGUGAUUGAGACUUUGGAGGAAGAGAAAGUAGAAGAGGUGAAAGAGAAGGAAAAAAUGGAAGAACGAAAAGAUGCUGAAAAGGAUGUUAAGGACGAAGAGGAGUUUGACUUCAUGGCUGAUCUCAACACAGACCUAAUGACCCAGGACUUGGAAGACCUGAUGGAGGAGGUGGAGGAGAAGCCACGCCCCAUCAUCCCGCUCAGCUGGACCGACCAGAUCACCAAGGAUGGGGUCAGGAUCCUCUCCCCUCGCUCACCACCCCUGAAGAGGGAGAGGACGAACCUUUGUGAAACACGACCGGUUGUGUUUGAAAAGCUAAUUCUCGAAGACUCCCCAUCUGGUCGGCCAUGGGUGCCGCGAACUGAAGGCUACCAGGUGAAAUACCGCCAGCGACCACAGAUACAUGGCUUGGAUACGAAAGAGUCCCGGCUUAGUCGGGUCAAGGUCAUUUCCAUUGACCCAAGGUCAAAAGAAGAAGAUGAGAAGUUGAACAAUAUAUCUGUGGAUGAAAUCCUGCAGACAGCAGUGGAGAAGAAAGGUUCCGGAGACGACAGGAAGAUUUCUGGAGAAAAGGAUCGGUCAAAGAGGAGCGAGGGUAAACGUGGUGAUGAUGGGAACGUCUCUGUGCUCAAACAUCCCAACAGUGCUAGCAGGAGUGAGUCAAGGGCCAGUCAGUCUAGUGAGCAUGUGAGGAAGAGGGUGUCGGUCCAGUCUCAUGCUCCGAGCACUACAGUCAAAGAUCUCAGCAUUGUCUCCCCUGGUGUCAAACACAAGGCAGGGGACACUCGGACUGGCAAGUCUGCUGGUAAGGCUAUGGUUGGCAAGGGACUGAUGCGUUCUCCCCUUGGUGGAUCUGGACCAAGUAUUAAGUCUGGCAACAUACAGGGUGAGACUGAGUACAUUCAGAUCGCGUCCCAGCUGCGUGUUCCUGGUGGUUCCCAGCGUCCUACCAUGGCCUACACCCACCAGCCUGGGGCGCAUCAGGACAGAAUCACAAGUCCAGAGAGGCCAUACCUGAAUGGUCAGGCUAGUCCCCGUGCUGAUCCCGACAGAAUGGUUGAGGAGCUGAGUUCUGUUGCUGAAGAGGGCGGGGCAGCUCCAAGUCUUGCCACCCCUGAAACAAAGUCUCCUGUGCCGGCGCUGGAGAUCAGUAUUCCCACAGCUGAUGACAUGUCGGACAGAGACUCUAUUCUCCCGUCCCCGAAUCGUCCAGGCUCAUACCACGAGGAUGGGGAUGACUUGACCGGCAGGCAGAGGAGAGAGGCAUCGAUGAGAGAUGAUCAGAUUGACCAGAUUGCUUCAAUGCUUGGUGGAGCACUGAUACAACACUGAACAGGGUUUAGCAGAUUACGAGGGUCGUCUUGUGGGUAGACUGAUGCAACAGUGAACAUAGCAUGGAUGAACUGAGCUCAUUGUCCCUAUCUUGUAGACAUGGAACAGUGCAGCCUGCACAGUGUGCUAACUAUAAGUUAUUGCUCCUUGACAGAUUAAUUGUCAGUACUUCAUGGGCAUGUGACACUAUAUUCCUCCAUCACCCUUGAGUACAUUCAGCCUCUUUUUGGUGUAGUAGUGAAAUAUGUCUAUUUUUAGCCAACUUACAAACAUCAUCUAUGAGUACAUUCGGCCUUUUUUCGGUGUAGUGAGGACAUAUGUCUAUUUUUAGCCAACUUACAAACAUCAUCCUUGAGUACAUUCGGCCUUUUUUCGGUGUAGUGGUGAAAUAUGUCUAUUUUUAGUUAACUUAUAAUUUGAGACUGUUUACAACUCACGAUCAAAUGAGCCCAACUCAUGCAUGAACUUGUCCGAACCUUGUCAUUGCCUGAUACUGAAGCAAUAUGUAGAGCAGACAUCCACAAGGCUGUGGCACACAUUGCAUGAGAAAUAUUGCCGUUUGAGCAAUAUUCUGAACGCUCAUUGAUCUGAGCUGUCGGUGGUUCCCUCUCACUCGAACCAGGUCUUGUUUUAUUGGUUAAUAAUAGCUACUACACUGCAAAUCAGCUGUGUGCAUUUAUGGUGGGUGAAAGUAGUGUAUACAAAACCUGUUUUGAGGCUGUGACAGACUUGAUUUUUAUGAAUGUAGAAAUCCUCUUUCUACAUAGGCAUCUAUGCACCAAGUAUUUGGGAGAUGAUUUUCCAGUAAGAAAGUUAGAAAAAUGGAAAUUUCAUCUUGCACGUUUACUUUUGUCAAUAGUCGACAAGCUAAGACUGAAGUGAGUAAUAGAGUGCCUAUACCAUAAAACAACGACGCGUAGAUAUACUUGUGGUUAUUUGUUUAUUAUGGUUAUUUGUGUAUUGGAUGGGUGCUAAGCUGAUUAUUUCUGUGAUUCCCUAAAUAAGAAUGUAGUCCUGAUUCUGACAGUGUUCCCAUGACUACUCAGGAUCUACCCAUGACUAACCAUAAGGGCACAAAUUUAAGGGGCAUUGUUCUCAGUUAUUCUUUCUGAUCAUUAUAACAACGGUUCCUUUGUUUUCAUUAUUUGCGAAGAGGCCCAUAUCAAAUUGACAUCAUGUGAGCGUAUUGUUGCAAAUAACUGAACAUGACGUCAUCCAUAGUUCAUGACGUUGUGACGCUGUUGAAGACCUUACAACAGUAGAGUUACUGAGCUGAUUUGUCCACCAUGAGUCCACUUGAGGUCAGGAAACCACUUCUUCCACAAUUUCUCAGAACAAACACUGGGGGUAGUAUAUAGAGCAAUCUACUCCCAACUUGAAAUUAUUGUUUAUCUGUCUCGCCAUGGCUCUGAACAUACAAAAUUAUUUCCCUGGGGUCAGAUAGUCUGUAAUUCCCUUUGGACAAAGUGCCCCUGUAAUAUAGAUACAGUUGUGUGUCAUGUGA